AUGGAUCAGGGUUUCUUCGGCAACAGGCGCAGAUCACGUUCACCCACUCGCAACCGUGUAGCCUACCCGAGAUUCCCUCAGUGGACCUCGCUAACACGCGCGCAAGCACAGAAGGACGAUUUGCCAGUGUUCGGCCCCUGGCUACCGACAUCUCAACCCGCCGCUAACUCGGAGGAGGAAACUGUGGUUUUCGUACCACAACCGCGACCAAAACCACGAAGCAGAUCGAGAUCACUUGAUCGUGCCAAAUUUAGGAAGCCUCAUCUGGAAGGUGUGGAGAGUGUCGGUGUUGGUAUUGAGAAGAAAAUCACUGCGAGUGUCCCACAUUUCACUGACACCACUUCGGGAUCAUCAUCUGGACCUGAACCGAUGAGCAGCCCAACACUGUCCCGAGUAUCAUCGACGCUGUCAUCAGACUCACUUGUGGCCCUGUUUCCGUUUGAUUCAGAUAUUUUUCGUCCAACAACUAUGAAAAAGGAGAACUCUAAAAAAGAAUCGAAGAAAAAAGAAGAAACCGCAAUAGCUUUGAGAAAUCCAAACAUCGUCGCCUUGUGUCCUCCACCAAGAAUAAUCCCAAGUGUAUCUCCCAGAAAACCACCCGGUUUGCCAAAAAUCCACGGCUCGUUUGGAGCGAAGGUUCAAAUAAAACCAAAGUCACCUGUGGUUCAAGAUCUAAUAAACAAGCUGAAAAAGAUGUCUUGCGCAGAGACCGCUGAAGAGAAGUCCUCGACACAAAGGAAGGAGCAGAAUGCCGACGAAACCCUCCCCACUGUUCCACAACACAUUCCAACAUCACCCACAAAGGAUACAGCGCCGAUACCUCAUCCACCUAAAAUGAAACAAAAAAUGCGUGCACGUGCCUUAAGACGUAAAACAGCACCGUUUAGACGUGUUUUCUCUGUUAACAAUAAUUCCCUUCAAAAUGUCGGUAACGCUAUGGAAUGCAGUCCAUUCGUAGUCGCUGCUCGAAAUCUAAAAUUCUGCUGUCAACUUGCGCAUGGCUCUCCAACGGCAAUUAUAUCGAAUUUUGCCUCUGUCGACGAACUGUUUCAAUCUAUCGCCGACUGUUUCAACAUUUCCCCGGAUGACAUCAUCUUUUGCACCAUUAACACCUUCAAGCCUGAUAUGGAUAAGCUCUUCGCUGGUAGCUUAGAGUACUCAGAUAUGCUGUUUGCACACGUAAAAGGUCAAGCUGUGGAAGUUGAGCUUACCAAAACUGAAGGUCUGUUCGGACUUACAGUUAGUGACAACGGACGAUGUCGUUCAUUCAUUAAACGUAUCAAGGAUAACAGUAUUGCCUCUCGUGCUCGACCAGCACUCGAUAUUGGACAGUUAAUUGAGAAGAUUGACGGUGUUGUUGUGACGGGAAUGCGACACUAUGAGGUCGUACGUAUCCUUCGAAAUAUGCCAAUAGGCAAGACCUUUACAAUGCGUGUAAUUUCACCGAAACAGUCCGGAUUCCAACUGAUUGCACCCCGUAAUUCGUUGGCAAGUCGGAAAUUACUGAACAACGGUCAACAGACGCUUCGAUUUAAAGCAAACGGAGGAGUUGUCAUAGAAGAGGGGGCUCUCGACAGAGCGAUGAUCGGUCGCCUAAACGAGGUAUUGGACUCGUAUCUAGGCGUACAAGAUGAUCAGAUGGCUCAAGGACUCUGGGACUUGGCGCUGAAAUGUGAGACACUUCCUCAAAUGAAUAAAGCUGUACGCGAGUCGGAAUUGUCAGUUUUUGGCUUCCCGGAUGAGCUUGUGUUCGACAUGUGGGGCAUCGUUAGUGAUUGGCGUAGAGAUCUUGAGAAUAAAAAUAAGGAGAAAAACAAAAAAGAGAAAAAUCUGCUCGACGACGAUGAAGAACAGCCACUGCUACCUCUUUUCUCAUAG